AUGGCCGGCAUUCGCCUCGCCCGCGCGAUCACCCUCGUACGUGCUCCUCUGCCGCGCUGUCAAACCCUCCAAAACUCAUCGCUGGAGCUCACCGCGCUGCAGGAGCAGAAGUUCCGCAUCGAACGCGACACCUUUGGGGACCUCCAGGUCCCCGCGCACCGCUAUUGGGGGGCGCAGACCCAGCGUUCUCUGCAGAACUUCGACAUCGGUGGGCCUUCUGAACGCCUCCCUGAGCCGCUCAUCAAGGCCUUCGGUGUGCUCAAGAAGGCGGCCUCAAUCGUCAAUGUUGGGUAUGGGAUGGACCCCAAGAUUGGCGAGGCGAUUCAGCAGGCGGCGGAUGAGGUCAUCUCCGGCAAGCUCAUCGACGAGUUCCCGCUGGUGGUCUUCCAGACCGGCAGUGGAACGCAGAGCAAUAUGAACGUGAACGAGGUCAUCUCGAACCGUGCUAUUGAGAUCCUCGGCGGCGAGCGUGGCUCGAAGAAGCCCGUCCACCCCAACGAUCAUGUCAACAUGAGCCAGAGCUCUAACGAUACCUUCCCCACGGCCAUGCACGUCGCCGCGGUCACUGAGAUUCACCGUUCCCUCAUUCCUGCCCUCACCGAGCUCCGUGACGCUCUUGACGAGAAGGCUAAAGCCUUUGAGCACAUCAUCAAGAUUGGCCGCACGCACUUGCAGGAUGCGACACCCCUCACCCUCGGCCAGGAGUUCAGUGGCUACGUGCAGCAGCUGACGAAUGGCAUUGACCGCGUGAAGGCCACUCUUCCCCGCUUGAGCAUGCUUGCUCAGGGUGGUACCGCCGUGGGGACCGGUCUAAACACUAAGAAGGGCUUCGACGUCAAGGUUGCGGACGAGAUAUCCAAGCUCACCAACAUCGAGUUCAAGACUGCCCCCAAUAAGUUUGAAGCUCUUGCUGCCCACGAUGCCCUUGUGGAAGCGCACGGCGCACUGAACACUGUCGCGGUCUCUCUCAUGAAGAUUGCGAACGAUAUCCGCUACUUGGGUUCUGGUCCUCGUUGUGGUCUUGGCGAGCUGCAGCUGCCGGAGAACGAGCCCGGUAGCAGCAUCAUGCCGGGCAAGGUCAACCCCACCCAGUGUGAGGCCAUGACUAUGGUUGCCGCGCAGGUCAUUGGUAACCAAACCGUUGUGAGCGUUGCGGGCUCGAACGGUCAGUUCGAGCUGAAUGUCUUCAAGCCUGUAAUCAUCAAGAACGUCCUCCAGAGCAUCCGCUUGCUCGCUGACGCGUCGCGUUCGUUCACCAAGAACUGCGUUGUUGGUAUCCAGGCUAACGAGAAGCGCAUCAACACUCUUCUGCACGAAUCUCUUAUGCUGGCCACUAUUUUGAAUAGCCACCUCGGCUAUGACAACGUCGCCAAGUGCGCGAAGAAGGCGCACAAGGAGGGCACGACGUUGAAGGAGGCGACGGUCGCGCUGGGCUUCCUGACGCCAGAGGAGUUUGACGAGAAGGUCCGGCCGGAGCUGAUGUUGUACCCGGAUGAGGCGUGA